UUCUGCUAUCUUGUAUGCUGCUUUUUACAGAUGUAAGCACAGUUGAUUGAUAUAUUUAUCAAUUGAUUUUAGUACAAAUAUAAAAUGGGGGACAGAGAGUGUCGUGACCUGGUGAGAAAACUUCAAAAAACUCCGAAAAAAUCAAAGAAAAUUGAGAAAGAUGAAAACAAAGAAAACCUCUCUGAAGACAUGUCUGAAACGAGCGAGUCUAUCCGUAAGACUCAGAAUGCGCACAGGGAGGGAAGCGCGCUAGGAGAAAGUACUCCAGGGAAGGGUGCGCGUAGAGAACUGAUCAAAGAUGAAGACUCUUUCUCUGAUCCUGUGUAUAGAGAUAUUUCAAGAAAAAAUGGAUUCUUAAAUAAACAAGAUUUAUCAACGCUUAAAAGAAUAUGCAAGGAUGAAAAUAUUGAUAGUUCGGGGAAAAAAGAUCUCGUCACUAAACGGCUAAAACAGUUUUAUAAGGUUCAGCUUUUAAGAGAGGCCGGACUUCUAGAGCCCUCGCCCAGAGGUUUCGAUUAUCUGGUUGUCAUCGAUUUUGAAGCAACAUGUGAGGAGAAGAACUCGAGUGAAUAUCCUCAUGAGAUAAUCGAGUUCCCAGCAGUAUUAGUCGAUGUUUUCAGGUGUAAGAUUGUGACCAGCUGGAGAAGAUAUGUCCGUCCUGUUCUGAAUCCAACCUUGUCAGAGUUCUGUACAUCACUUACUGGAAUUACACAGGACCAGGUGGACCGUGCUGACGAUUUCCCAACUGUCCUCAACAUGUUUUAUGAAUGGUUGAAAGAACAUAGGCUUGGGACAGAUUACACCUUUAGUUUGGUAACUGAUGGACCCUUUGAUAUUGGUAGAUUUUUACGAUUAAGCUGUUCACAUCAUUCUCUAGAGGUUCCCUGGUUUGCUACAAGAUGGAUAAAUCUGCGUAAAGCGUUCUCUAACUACUACAGACAAGGGGGGAACAAGACGAGAGAAAGAGCUCCGGGUUUACAGAAUAUGCUUGCUAAACUAGAUCUCACUUUUCAGGGUACACCGCAUUCAGGUUUGGAUGAUGCAACAAAUAUUGGCAGAGUAACUGAGCGUUUGCUUAGGGAUGGUGCAACUCUUAGAGUAAACGAAAGAUUGGAGCUAGGAGAGUUUAAACAGGAGAACAAGGAUAAGCGUCUACAACAGGUUGCUUCUGUUUCUAAAAAAGAAUCUGAAGAUUGGUUAAACAGAUGCAAAAUACGGAGAGAAGAAUACACACGCGGAAACCCGGUUUCAGCAUGUACAGAUAGUACAGAAUAAACUUUGUUCAGUAUUAUUCCUUUUUUACCGACAGCAAACAGUGGAGAAACCUUGCUACGUACAUAUACUCACUGCCCAGCAUUAUCAAGAAAAGAAAAGGGCAAAAAUCGAAUUAUUAAUGAAGUAAAGUCCAGGGGCGGAUCCAGCUUUUUUAAAAGGGGGGUCAAAGUCUGAAUAAUAUAGGGUAUUGUACCGAGCGAGGGGGGUGCAGGGGGCGUAGCCCCCCGCAAUUUUUUAAAAGAAAUAAGCAUUAAAAGUGAGUAUUUUAAGUGCUCAAAACAGAAAAUUACUCUUACAGUAUGUAAAAAUAUUUCUACCUUAGAGCUGCACUUACAAUAUUUUUUACUCAAAUAUAUUACUCUAUAAAAUUAUUUCCAUUGGCAUUACAUAACUUCUAUAAUUACAAUUUUACAUAUUGUUAAAGAUUAAGAUAUUAACUGCAAAAGGUUCAGGGUGUUUUUUCAUGUGACUAAUUAAGUUACAAGUUACCCCAAAGAAUGUGAUUUCAAGAUUAGAGUUUAAAUCUGUGUUUAACUCCUAUUCUUUGUGGUUAACCCUGUAGGUUUAAAUAUAGCGAUGGGAAAUUGUUAGAUUAUUUUUACAGAAACUUUUAAUACUUUUAGACUUUUAAAGAUUUACGGGUUCAACGGUUUGAAAUUGUCUUCUGUAGAAGCUUACUAUUAUCAAACAUGCAUAUUUGUUAUCCUAGGUAAAAUUAUAAGGUAAAAACCAACUAAAAAUGAUCGUUUAAAAAACCCAAAUCUACCAUUUUUGCCUUAUAUUUUCUUCGAAGGUAACAGAUUUGCAUGUUCAUUAGGGCCAGAUCAUUAAAUCUGUCAUCGUUCAUGAUAGCUUUUUGUUAAAGCAUAUUAAAGUAUCUGCUUGAAAACAAGUUACAGUAAACUUUUAGGUUAGUCUCCAGAAAA